AUGUCACCCCUGGCCCCCUGUGUCUCCGCGCAGCCCAAAACUUGGAUGCGGAGGAAACAUCCAGGCAGGUUCCACAGGCCCUUUAAAAAGCCCACUUAA